AUGUCCGAAUCGCUCGACGUGCACGGCAAGAGCUUCUGGUCGUCUGGCUGGUCGGCGAAGCUUCUCGACGAGGCGGCUGCGGAAGGGGCAGGCGACUCGUUGGGAGGAGGGCCGGGGGAGGUGCUUGCGAGGGAGUGGACGCGAGCGGCCGACGUUCUCCGGGGGCUUGGCGGGGCCGAGGGCGGCCCGACGAUCGGAGACGUCUGCUCGUGGGACGGGUUGGUGGUGGUGCACACGGAUGAUGAUCUCCUCACGAUGAAAGGCAUGGACCACCUCCUGCCGGAGGGCAGGGGAGCGGGCGGCAACGAGGGUCCCGAGGCCGACGAGCUCCAGGUGGCGUGCUUCAUGGCGCUCCUGUCCUUCCUCGCCUCCCGGCCGGAGGUGCUUCGGGUGUCGCCAGCGCGGGCGAUCAAGCUGCUCAACGCCGCGGCCUACCACAACGUGCAGAGCGCCAACCUCACCGAGUCGCCGAUGACGGACGCGGGGCUGGACGGGACGGGCGAAGUGAUCCAGAUCGUGGACACAGGCCUCGACGUGAACUCUUGCUUCUUCGUGGACGAGGACGGUGGGGAGGGGGUGGCGCACGGCCACUACUUCGAGGAGAUCGGCGUCGAGGCGAGCGCCCUCAGCAGCUGGUUCACCUCGUGGGACUUCAACCUCCAGAUCGCGCGGGUCUUCACGGGCGGGGACUUCAACUUCGACCUCAGCAGACGCAAGUACUUUUGGGCCGGGUACGAGGCGAUCGAUCUCGAUCGGUUGUGCCCCCGGCUGGACUGCGACGACCGACCCGAGGAGUACUGCUUGGGAGAUGACGAGGCGGAGACGCUCCAGCAACACGGGGGUGUGGCGAGAGGCGCACAGCUGGCGAUCUUUGACAUACUGGACGAUUACACAGGUGGGGUGUAG